CGCUUUUUAUCUCCUCUAAUAGCAGGUCAUAUGCAAACGUACCAUGAGCCUGUAGCUUGCGGACGAAGCAUAAGGAUAGAUCCUCCCCGAGUGAUUAAAAGAUCCUUGAAUCGCCACACCAACGGAAUUGAUUCCCCAGCUCACCCUUUUCUCUCUUUUCCCUGCUACCAACAACAUGGUACCCUCGGAUAUCAUCAAACGCAUGCAGGAUGCGGCUGCAUCACAUGACAAGCAGGAGCUUGGGGCCAGAGAGACUCUUCUCGACCUCAACCGCCAACUUCUCGCCGAGUUAGAAACUCCAACUGAUUUUAUACAGCGUAUUUGGUUUGCAACUGCUUCUCUGGGUGGUUGUCUUGAAGUAGCAGCCAACAAGAAAAUCUUUCAACUUCUGCGAGAAGCCGAGAAUGGGCUCACCACCGAAACACUCUCUGAGAAGACCGGCAUCGCUGGGCCCUUGCUGAAGCGUUUCAUGAGACAUUUUGUCGCUCAUAAAGUUGUCCGUUUCUCCAAGUCUACAGGCUGGCACGCCACAGCGCUUUCCAACACACUCGCACUGGAGAAUUACCAGCAUAGCAUAUCUUUUUGUCAACGUGCAGCAGCAAAGUCAUUCUGCCACUUCCCGGAACACUUUAAGCAGGCCAACUAUCAGCACCCUGGACUAACAGACGGUCCUUACCAAUAUGCUCAUAACUCGUCAUUGCCUUUCUUCGACUGGCUGGCAGCAAAUCCUCCUUUUGUCAACUUAUUUGGAUCCUUCAUGUCUGUGUAUAGAGCUGGAAACACAGACUGGUGGACUUUCUACCCUGUUGAAGAGCGUCUCUCUUCUGGCUUUGAUAAGACCAUCAGUGAUGUGCUUCUUGUUGACGUAGGAGGUGGCCGUGGCCAUGACCUGUUAUCUUUCUCAAAUGGUACUAAACCACCAGGCCGGUUGAUACUCCAGGAUCUUCCAGAAGUCAUAGCAGAUGUGACCGAGAAAUCAGCCUUUGAGACCCAAACACACGACUUCUUCACUCCCCAACAAGUUCAACACGCACGAACCUAUUUCUUGCACUCUAUUCUACACGAUUGGAGAGCCGAGAAUGGAGUGCAGAUUCUCAAGAACCUGAAGCCGGCACUGAAACCUGGGUAUUCCAAAGUUCUCAUCAACGAGAUAGUUUUGUCUGAGGAGAACCCUUCUGUGCCUGCUACGAGUAUGGAUAUGAUGAUGCUGGGACAUAUUGGCGGGGCCUGUGAGCGUACCGAAGAGGCUUUUAGAGCGAUUGUGACAGAGGCAGGACUUGAAGUUGUUGAUAUUUACUCCAAUGCUGCUUCUCCAGAGAGUGUCAUUGAAGUCAUGCUACCUUGUUCCGACAGGACACUUGAAGAGAGAAAACUCUAA